AUGGGGCUUGUGUGGAGGGCCGCGAAGAUGCUUGAUGCGUCAUGGCACGUGGCUUGGGCCGCUGGUACUGAACUGGCGUUCAUUCACGCCAGCGGCAGCACCGUGGGGUACCGACCGCAUGUGCGCUCCACCACGCUCGCUCAUCUCAUUGCCACCAACUGCGGUCCCUUCAUGCUCCCCAUCCUCCCCAUUCGAGAUCGCAUUCGGGACAAGGUGGACGAGGCAUUCGGCAUGCAGCUGGGGCUGCUGGUGGAGUUCACGGGGAUCAUCAGCUGGCUGCCUGGCGCCACCAUUGGCUGGCAUGCUGACGACAACCGGCCCUACCUCAAGCAACGCGCAUUCGCUGCAGUGUGUUAUCUGAACGAGUAUGGCAAGGACUUCGAUGGAGGUCUUUUCAGGUUUCGACAGGGCCAUCCUCACACUGUCGCUCCCAAGCCCGGGCGACUCGUGGCAUACUCGGCUUCAGGGGAGAAUGAGCAUUGCGUUGAUCCUGUGAUUCGAGGUCAACGCCUCACCCUCACUCUCUGGUUCACACUCGAUCCGUCACACAGUGAAGACCUCUCCCUCCUCACCCUCCUCUCUCGCAUCCCCCUCUCCCUCCACCUUCCCUUCCCUCGCAUUACCCUCAACCCCCCUCCCACGGGGGAUGUGGGACCUGGGAAGGGCCCUGAAGCUGGCAAGAAGGUCGAAGUGGAAGCUGUAUCUGAGGACAGGGGCGUUAGGCAAGUGGUAUGUGGGGCGAACCAGCAGCACUUGGCAUCUGAUGGGCUUGGACAAACAGGUUUGGGGGAGCUGAAUGGGGGGGCGUCAGAGGGGAAUGAGAAAGAGGGGAGCGGAGGGGAUGGAGUGAUGGAAAGGGAAGCUGGCAAUGAGGCAGUGCUGGUGCCCAUACCGCUUGUGGCGUCUAAUUCUCUGUAUCUCGUGCAGAAGGAAGGGCAGGGGAAACUGGGAGAGGGGGAGGAUGGUGAAGUGGAAGGAGGAGAGAAGCAGGGAGGGAGCGAGGGUGGCAGGGAGGGGCAGGGAGAGGGAGAGGUUGAUAUACGGAUACAGGAGCUAGCCAGUAUGGGAUGGAAGGCUGUUCCAUUUCUUCAAAGCAACUGCAAUGCCACGAUGCAGUCACCUCCUGGAAGUGAUGGCGCAGGGUUAGUAAAGACAGAGUCUGAGUGGGUGGCGUUAGUCCCUAGUCCCAGUCCGAGAAGAGACGAGACAAGCCCCUGCCUUCAAUGUCCGGUUUCAGAACUAGGAAAGGAUGGAAAAAAAGCAGGAGAGGUGGAGAAGGAUGUGGCAGGGGGGAAGGAGAGGCAGGGGCAUGAGGCCGGAACUCGUCAAGAAUGCAUUGGUGGUGAUUAUCGUGAGGGGUGUGAUAGCAGAGGGGGAGGAGGGCGAGGGGACUCCGUUGGGGAAAAAGCACGUGUCCUGGCGUCACCGGUUGUGUUCUACAAUAUUCUGCAUGCUUUACAGGCUCAGCCUCCAGGUUCAACGUCAGGGCAAGAGGGCGAGGAUAGGACCAGCCUUGAUCGUAUAGCUGCUCCGUUUGAGUCCCCUCAAGGACUCGUCAGAAGCUCAGGAGACGCAGCGUCAUUGGAGGAUGAUAUCGCUCUUGCAAAUCCGCUUGUUGGGUCGGCUGAAGCAAGUGACGAGCGGAGGGAGGUCGCAGAGAAUGGUGGUGACGCAGCAGGGCAACGGAAGAAACGAAAGAGACAGUCCGCCGCGGGUCUGGGAGCAGGAGCCAUUGCUCUCCCCAUAACCAAACCAGCUCAACGCCUUUGUUGUGGUCUUCUUCGACUAUUUGUUCAGGGUGAGCUGCAUGUCCUUUACCACCGUUCAGGACAGGACAAAGUAUAA